CCGUUUAUAUCGCCUGGCCGUCGCGGGUUUUCAUUGGUCGAGAGGCGGCGUUGACCAUCACUCUAGGGCGAUACUCCCGAACGUGCCGACUACAAGAGCAAGGGGCAGCUGUCAGCGCCGAGUUUCCUUUAUUUCCACACACUUAACGUCCAGCCCGAGCUUCAUCCACCAUGUCUUCCACCUCGCUGACCGCUGUGAUCCGCAACUUCUAUGACGAGUACAUGAAGAACACGCCCAAGAAGCUGAAGAUCGUGGACGCCUACCUCUCAUACGUGCUGAUGACGGGCGUGCUACAAUUUGUUUACUGCUGUCUGGUCGGCACCUUCCCCUUCAACUCCUUCCUCUCGGGCUUCAUCUGUACGGUCGGCUGCUUCGUGUUAGGAGUGAGUCUGAGGCUACAAGCAAACCCCCAGAACAAGGUGCAUUUCCUGGGCAUCUCCCCCGAGCGAGGUUUUGCGGACUUCAUCUUCUCGCACAUAAUCCUCCACCUCGUCACCAUGAACUUCAUCGGCUGAGCUCCUCCACGCACCACCUCCACCAUCAUCGUCUCCUUCUUAUCCACGUCCACUUCUCCUGAUGGUGCAGUUUGGUUGUGGUUGUUUUUGUUGAGUAUUCGGUUUGGUUGUUUCCAUUUUCUCACUCUUGUGUAUUCCUUCUCUCCCUUUUGCACCUUAUUUGCCAUUUCCUCCUCUCUCUGUUCUCCUUUUCUUCUCUGUUUGCCUUUUUCUGGUUAUUGUGAAUUUUGUUGAGUACUUUGUUUGGUUAAUUCUGUUUUCUCCUCUUUCUGUUCUCUCUCCUCUGUUCAUCUUUUUGUCUUCUGCCAUUUCUUCCUCUUUCUCUGUACUUCCCAUUUUCUUCCUUGUUUCCCCUUCCUUCCUCUUGUCUCAGUCUCUCUCUCCUCUGUUCAUCGUUUUGUUUCUCACCAUUUCUUCCUCUUUCUCUGUACUUCCCAUUCUCUCCUCUGCUUCCCUCCCUUCAUCUUAUUUCUGUCUCUCUCUCACUUGUUUGGAUCCAGUUUACAUUUGUUUAUUACAGUUUCCCCCUUUAUCUGAUGUCCCUUUCUCCUUUAUUUACCUUCCCUUUCCUCUUUGACUCUCUCUUGGUGGGUUUGAGUCCUGUUCAUAUAUGUUUCAUUACUAUUUCCUCCUCUGUGAUCUCCCUCUCUCUCUCGUUCUCCUUCCUUUUCCUCCUACACUCUUUCUAUGUAUGUAAGAGUCCAGUUCAUUUGCUUUUUUUACCAUUUCCUCUGCUCUUUCAUAUCCCUUUCUCUCACGCUCUCCUUCCUUUUCCUCCUCCACUCUUUCUGUGUAUGUAAAAGUCCUGUUUAUAUUUUUCUAGGGUAUGCUUUCCCUUGUGUGAAUGGGGUUUGAUUCUACUACAAGUUUGAGGCACAGAGUUUGUUUGUUACUGUUGAGGAUGUUGAGUAUAGAGUGAGUAACAUCAGCAUCACAUCGGUCUUCACGGUUUUGUAAUCUAUAAAGAGGUCAGUUACACACAAGAUUUAUACUCUGGCAACUAUUCUUAAAGGUCCUACUGGCACUAUAGACAGAACAUAGGAAAAUAAAUAUAUACUGUGUGCUUAGUGUUCAUGAAUAUUCCAAAUAUCAAGAGCAGUGUUUACUUACUUGCCGACAUAGUGAGAGAAGGGAAGAUUUUCAAUGCCCGUGAUUUGUACCUUAAGUUCGGGUCAGUCGAGGAGAGUGCUGUGUUGAUGUUAAUAAGAAAACGGACAUUCCUCA